AUGAGAAACGGCGCCUUUCCGUUUUCGGGAUUCUGCCAUCGAGGAUUCUCUCACGCUACCUCUAUCAAAGCCACUGUUGGUGUUACACUGAUCGCUAUCGGAGGCCGAUGGCUGAACCUCCGAUAUAUCAAUAUCCGAUGCCAUACGGAGUACGCCUAG